GCUGUAGACUUGCGUUGCUCUGUGCCCGCCAUCCCUCCGCAGCCAGGCAGACCGCAGAAACUGACAAGAGUAGCCGACUGACGGAGGGCUGAGACAAGAUGGGACGAGACAUCUGGUACGACAGAGCCAGCACAACAACAGGAAGUCUGGUGUAGAAGCUGAACCAGAAGAGAGCCCAGGCAGCAGUAGUAGCAGCGACAGCAGUGGUGGAGCGGUAGAUGCCCUCCCCUCAGCCCCAGGCCCAGUUCCUCCCCAGGCCCCUGUAGGAGAGCAGAGAGAGGACAGAUCCUGCCCUGACAGUUCUGUAGACUCCAGCGAGGAAGAGGAGGACAAAGAGGAGGACCCUGCCAUGUUCUCUAACUUUCUAAGCGGGGCCAACCCCCUCAGCUCUGUCUCCUCUGCUGUCAGAGGAGGUCUUUUUGGGGACAAUGGGGAGGUUGACAAACAGAAAGCAGGCCCUCAGCAUCCUGGGUCAGUUCCUGGCCCUGGGAAUGCCCCACAGCAGCAGCACGGAGGACCCCAGCUGCAGGGGAACGGUCAGGCUGGUCAACCAGCCAAACCUAGCGGGCAGAAAGCCCCCGCUAAGGGUGGUCCACAACAGCAAGGACCUCCUAAGGGUGGUCCACAACAGCAAGGACCUCCUAAGGGUGGUCCACAACAGCAAGGACCUCCUAAGGGUGGUCCACAACAGCAAGCCCCUCAACAGCAAGGACCUACAAAAGGUGGACCACAACAACAAGCCCCCCAACAGCAAACCCCUGCUAGGGGUGGACCACAACAACAAGCCCCCCAACAGCAAACCCCUGCUAGGGGUGGACCACAACAGCAAGCACCUGAUAAAGGUGGACCGCAACAACAAGGGUCACCUAAGGUUGGCACUCAGCCACAAGUGUCCCCUAAGGGUGGACCACAACAGCAAGGACCUGCUAAAGAUGGACCCCAACAGCAAGGGUCACCUAAAGUUGGAGUUCUGCCACAAAAUCCUAAGGGACCACAACAGCAAGGACCUGCUAAGGGUGGACCCCAACAGCAAGGGUCCCCUAAGGUUGGAGCUCAGCCACAAGGGUCCCCUAAGAUUGGCACUCAGCAGCAUGGUUCCCCUAGGACUACACCACAGCAGCAGGGUUCCCCUAGGACUACACCACAGCAGCAGGGUUCCCCUAGGACUACACCACAGCAGCAGGGUUCCCCUAGGACUACACCACAGCAGCAGGGUUCCCCUAGGACUACACCACAGCAGCAGGGUUCCCCUAGGACUAUACCACAGCAGCAAGCCGCUGGUAAAGCUGGGCAUCAGUCUAAAGCCGGACCUAUGGCUGGAGCUAAACCCCUGUGCCCAGUGUGUAACACUACCGGACUCAACCUACACUCCAAGGAGCCACCCAACUAUAACACCUGCACACAGUGUAAGACUGUCGUCUGCAGCUUCUGUGGCUUCAGUCCUCCUGACUCUGGCGGUAAGGAGUGGCUGUGUCUGACCUGCCAGAUGCAAAGAGCACUCGGAGGCUCUGACCCACCUGGAACCCCAAAGAUGAAACCCCAGCCUUCACCCAACAAAGCCUCUAUAUCUCCUGCACCACAGAAGAAAGACACCUCUACACAAGGCUCCAUCCAGAAAAACCCUAUUACAUCAGCAACACAGCCACCCAAGGCAGAGACUGCUAAAGCAGCAGACCCUCAGACACCGCCUAGCCCAGUACCUGCCCAGAAUGCACCACAGGAGAACCGGAGAACAUCAGGGCCUCAGAAACCGCCAGAGCAGCCAGGCCAACCUGGGCAUAAGCAGAGUAAUGUCACCCCAUGCACACAGGAGGAGCCUGGGAAGCCUCAGCAAGAGCUUCCAAAGGAUGGAGCCUCUCCUGCCAACGUUGUGCCACAGCUACAGGCUCAGGCCCCCAAGCAAGAGUCAGGGGGCUUCUUUGGCUUUGGUGGUCCUAAGUCUCAGCCUGCUUCCUCAAAGCCUGAAGAUUCAGUGUCUGGUAAGAUGUUUGGCUUUGGCUCCUCCAUCUUCAGCUCUGCAUCCACUUUGAUCACCUCAGCUGUUCAGGAUGAGCCCCACACCACUCUGCCAGCUUCCCCCAUGGUGUCUGCACCGGCCUCUCCCAAGAUGCCCCCUGCAAAGGAGACCAAACCACCUGCUGUUCAGAAUGCAGAGGAGAAGAAAGCAGAGCAACCCCAACAGGCCAAGGUUCCCACAUUAUUACAGGCCAACGUAGACAAACCCCCAUCAGAGCCUCGAAAGGGAACAGCAUCCUACCAACCAUCUGCCAAAGCAGGCCAGUCCACCUGUCCACUCUGCAAGGUGGAACUCAACAUGGGCUCCAAGGACCCUCCCAACUACAACACAUGUACCGAAUGCAAGAACACUGUCUGCAACCUCUGUGGUUUCAACCCCAUGACAAAUGUUACUGAGGUGAAGGAGUGGCUGUGUCUGAACUGCCAGAUGAAGAGAAUGGAACCCACAGGACCUCCCAUGAUGAAACCCCAACCUUCUCCAAACAAAGGUUCUGCACCUCAGAAGGCCACUGUCACACCCAUCGCUACCCAAAAGAAAGACAUUCCAACACCAGGCUCCCCCCAGAGAAAACCUUCUACAUCAGCAACAGAGCCACUCAAGGCAGAUGCUGCUAGAACAGCAGACCUUCAGAAACCAGCCAGCCCAGCACCUGUUCAGAAGGCACCACAGGAGAACCGGAGAACAUCAGGGCCUCAGAAACCACCAGAUCAGCCAGGGCAACCUGGGCAUGAGCGGAACAAUGCCACCCUGUCACAGCAGGUGCCUGGGAAGCCUCAGCAAGAGCCUCCAAAAGGUGGGACAUCUCCUGCCAAAGCUGUGCCAACACUACAGGCCAAGCCCCCCAAGCAGGAGUCAGGGGGCUUCUUUGGUGGCUUUGGUGGUCCUAAAUCUCAGAUUUCCUCAAAGCCUGAAGAUUCAGUGUCUGGGAAGGUGUUUGGCUUUGGCUCCUCCAUUUUCAGCUCUGCAUCCACUUUGAUCACCUCAGCUGUUCAGGAUGAGCCCCACACCACACCACCAGGUUCCCCAAAGGUGUCUGCAGCAGCCCAGGCCUCUCCCAAGAUGCUCCCUACAAAGGAGACCAAACCACAUGCUGCUCAGAAAGCAGAGGAGAAGAAAGCAGAGCAACCCCAGCAGGCCAAGGUCCCCCCAUCAGUACAGGUCAACGUGGACAAACCCCCAUCAGAGCCUCCAAAGGGAACAGCAUCCUACCAACCAUCUCCCAAAGCAGGCCAGUCUACCUGUCCGCUCUGCAAGGUGGAACUCAACAUGGGCUCCAGGGACCCUCCUAACUACAACACCUGCACCGAAUGCAAGAACACUGUCUGCAACCUCUGUGGAUUCAACCCCAUGCCACAUGUUACUGAGGUGAAUUUGUGGCUGUGUCUGAACUGCCAGAUGCACAGAGCACUUGGAGGAAUGGAACCUCAUGGACCUACCAUGAUGAAACCCAAGCCUUCCCCCAACAAAGUCUCUGCUCCUGCUGCUCCUCAAAUGAGAGACACACCAACAGCAUCUGGUCCCCAAAAAGUGGCCACUACACCAGCCUCACCCAAAAAGGAGUCAGUGACUCCAGCCUCUCAGCCUGUCUCCUCAAAACCUGAAGAGUCAGUGUCUGGGAAGAUGUUUGGCUUUGGUUCAUCCAUCUUCAGCUCUGCAUCCACUUUGAUCACUUCGGCUGUUCAGGAUGAGCCCCACACCACACCGCCAGCUUCCUUCAAGGUGUCUGCACCCUUUGCGCUUCAAAAGCAGGAGACUCCCACACCAACUGGUGCCCAAAAAGGUGCACUAACACCAGUGUCACCCAAAAAAGAGGCUCAAACACCAGCCUUAGCCCCAAAGAAAGACACCCCAAUGCCAGCCUCCCCCCAGAGAAAGCCAGACUCCCCCACAAUGACUGCAAAGCAGGACCAGAAACAUUCAAGUCCUUUAAAACCAGGAGACCCAUCAGGGGCUAAGCAGGGGAGUGCUGCACAACCACAGCAGCAGCCCCUACAGCAGAAGACUCCACAAGUCCAGCCUCAGCAGACCCCAGCAAGUGCACUGAAAGCAGAACCUGUGAAGCCUCAGCAGACCCCAGCAAGUGCACUGAAAGCAGAACCUGUGAAGCCUCAGCAGACCCCAGCAAUUGCACUGAAAGCAGAACCUGUGAAGCCUCAGCAGACCCCAGCAAGUGCACUGAAAGCAGAACCUGUGAAGCCUCAGCAGACCCCAGCAAGUGCACUGAAAGCAGAACCUGUGAAGCCUCAGCAGACCCCAGCAAGUGCACUGAAAGCAGAACCUGUGAAGCCUCAGCAACAGCCUCCUAAAGUUGGGACCUCUCCAGGACCUGCUCAGAAGAAACCACAGGAAAACCGGAGAACAUCAGAAGUUCAGAAACCACCACAGCAGCCCAGCCCUGGGCGUAGGCAGAGUAUUGCCAUUCCGUCCACACAGCAACACACCAAGCAGGAGUCAGGAGGCUUCUUUGGCUUUGGUGGUCCCAAAUCUCAGUCUACCCCCUCAAAGCCUGAAGAUUCAGUGUCUGGGAAGAUGUUUGGCUUUGGCUCCUCCAUCUUCAGCUCUGCAUCCACUUUGAUCACCUCAGCUGUUCAGGAUGAGCCCCACACCACUCUGCCAGCUUCCCCCAUGGUGUCUGCACCGGCCUCUCCCAAGAUGCCCCCUGCAAAGGAGACCAAACCACCUGCUGUUCAGAAUGCAGAGGAGAAGAAAGCAGAGCAACCCCAACAGGCCAAGGUCCCCACAUUAUUACAGGCCAACGUAGACAAACCCCCAUCAGAGCCUCCAAAGGGAGCAGCAUCUUCCCAACCAGCUCUCAAAGCAGGCCAGUCCACCUGUCCACUCUGCAAGGUGGAACUCAACAUGGGCUCCAAGGACCCUCCCAACUACAACACCUGCACCGAAUGCAAGAACACUGUCUGCAACCUCUGUGGAUUUAACCCCAUGCCAAGCGUUACUGAGAUGAAGGAGUGGCUGUGUCUGAACUGCCAGAUGCAGAGAGCUCUUGGAGGAAUUGAACCCCCAGAACCCCUCAUGAUGAAACUGUAUCCCAACAAAGUUUUUGCACCUCAAACAGUCACUGUGACACCUAUUGCAGCUCAAAAGGACAUUGCAACACGUGCUGCAUCUGUGAAGACAGACAGUCCAAUCCCAAGCUCCCCUCAAAGGAAACCAGUUCCCCCUGCAGCUGAUAUAUCAAAAGCUGAAGCUACUAAAGGAGCAGGCACUCAAAUGCCGGCAAGCCCAGCUCAGAUGGCAUCACAAGGGAACCGAAGAGCUUCAGAACCUCAGAAACCACCACAGCAGCCCAGCCAGCCUGGGCGUAGGCAGAGUAGUGCCAUCCCAGACACACAGCAACACCCCAAGCAGGAGUCAGGAGGCUUCUUUGGCUUUGGUGGUACCAAAUCUCAGUCUACCCCCUCAAAGGCUGAAGAGUCAGUGUCUGGUAAGAUGUUUGGCUUUGGCUCCUCCAUCUUCAGCUCUGCAUCCACUUUGCUCACCUCAGCUGUUCAGGAUGAGCCCCACACCACACCGCCAGGUUCCCCGAAGGUGUCUGCACUGGCCUCUCACAAGUUGCCCCCUGCAAAGGAGACCAAACCACCUGCUACCGAGAGAGCAGAGGAAUCAAAAGCAGAGCAACCCCAGCAGGCCAAGGUCCCCCCAUCAGUACAGGCUAAAGUUGACCAACCCUCAUCAGGGCCUCCAAAAGGAGUAGUAUCCUCCCAACCAGCUCUCAAAGCAGGCCAGUCCACCUGUCCACUCUGCAAGGUGGACCUCAACAUUAACUCCAAGGACCCUCCCAACUACAACACCUGUACCGAAUGCAAGAACACUGUCUGCAACCUCUGUGGAUUUAACCCAAUGCCACAUGUUACUGAGGUGAAGGAAUGGCUGUGUCUGAACUGCCAGAUGCAGAGAGCUCUUGGGGGAAUGGAACCCUCAGAACCCCUCAUGAUGAAACCCCAACCCUUACUCAACAAAGUUUCUACACCUGUUGCACCUCAAAAGGAGCCUCCGGCAACUCAAAAGGUAAAGGAGACUGCGAUACCUGCUGUAGAUCAGAAGAAGGCCGCCUCCACAAUACAAAAAGAAGAGACAACCACUCUUGCUGCACCACAAAAGGAGACUCCAUUACCAGCCUCAUCCAAAAUGGGGGAGACACCAGUUACAGCUUUAAAGCAGGACACUCCAACACCAGAUUCACCACAAAAUAAAAAAUAUCCUACACCACCAGGUGUGUCUGUAACAGAUGAGGUCCCAACCACAGCUUUGCCUAUCAAGAAGGACGUUUCUGCCUCAGCCCUUAUCAAGGAGGAACCAACUUCUGCCUCCCCUCUCAUCAAGGAGGUCACUGGUUCACCUCUCACUAAGGGGGCACCAGCCUCACCUCAAAAUAAUAAGGAACAUAUACUACCAGGUUCACAAAACAGAAAGGUGUCCCCAACACCAGGUUCAACCCAAGAUAACUAUGCUGUACAAUCAGGUUUACCUCUGAAGAAGGAAGCACCAUUUUCAUCAGCAGUAGAGACUAAAGAGGUCCAACUUCCAGCUGCAGUUAUAAGCAAUGAGGCACCUGUUCCAGAUUCACUCAAAACAAACGAGACAACAACACUUGACUCCGCAAUGAAAAAAGAGUGUUCAUCUACUGAGAUCUCAAUUGACAACCAGAAACCUGCAAUUGUUCAAAAGUCGAUGGAGCCACCAGCCACACCUACAAACAAGCAGAACAAGGUUGUUCAACCCUUACAGCAGCCAGAAAAGAAAAUGCCUGCUGCACAGCCUCUGGCACAAGUACAGCCCCAGGAAGCUCCAAAGCCAGACCCCAAAAUCACUCCCCCAAAGCAGGAGCUUGGGAAACCAGCCAGUUCAGCACCUGCUCAGAAGCAACUAGAGAACCGGAGAACAUCAGAACCUCAGACACCACCACAGCAGCCCAGCCAGAGUAGUGCCAUCCCAUCCACACAGCAACCCCCCAAGCAGGAGUCAGGAGGCUUAUUUGGCUUUGGUGGUCCUAAGUCUCAGCCUGCUUCCUCAAAGCCUGAAGAUUCAGUGUCUGGGAAGAUGUUUGGCUUUGGCUCCUCCAUCUUCAGCUCUGCAUCCACUUUGAUCACCUCAGCUGUUCAGGAUGAGCCCCACACCACUCUGCCAGCUUCCCCCAUGGUGUCUGCACCGGCCUCUCCCAAGAUGCCCCCUGCAAAGGAGACCAAACCACCUGCUGUUCAGAAUGCAGAGGAGAAGAAAGCAGAGCAACCCCAGCAGGCCAAGGUCCCCACAUUAUUACAGGCCAACGUAGACAAACCCCCAUCAGAGCAUCCAAUGGGAGAAGCAUCCUCCCAACCAUCUGCCAAAGCAGGCCAGUCCACCUGUCCACUCUGCAAGGUGGACCUCAACAUGGGCUCCAAGGACCCUCCCAACUACAACACCUGUACCGAAUGCAAGAACACUGUCUGCAACCUCUGUGGAUUCAACCCCAUGCCACAUGAAACAGAGGUAAAGGAAUGGCUGUGUCUGAACUGCCAGAUGCAGAGAGCUAUUGGAGGAAUGGAACCCCCAGGACCGCCGAUGAUUAAAUCCCAACCCUUGCCAAGCAAAGUCUCCACACCUGCUGCAUCUCUAAAGCUGACCCCAGCAACAGCUAAACCCCAAAAGGAGGAGAUUCCAGCACCUGCGGCUGCCCAAAAAGAGAUUCCUCCACCGACUGCACCUCAGGAGACACUAAUACCGGCUAGAACCCCAUCAACAGCUGCAGUCAAAAAGGAGGAGACCCCAGCACCAGGAUCCCCACAAAACAAACCUGCUCCACCUGCUGUGGCUGCAAAGGACAAACAGGAACCUAUAAUUGUUCAGAAACCAGUGGACCAAACAAUUCCAGUGACACCCAUACCGAGUGGUGCUGUUACACCUGCACAACAGCCAGAAAAGCAAACUCCUCCACUGCAACAGCCUGAUGCUAAGCCCCCACCACAACUACAGCCCCAGCAAGUUCCAAAGAUAGACCCCAAAACUGAUCCCCUAAAGCAGGAGCAUGGAAAGCCUCAACAACAGCUUCCAAAAGGUGGAACCUCUCCUGCCAAAGCUGUAUCACAACCACAGGCCAAGCCCCCAAAGCAGUCAGUGGGUUUCUUUGGCUUUGGCGGUGCUAAAUCUCAGCCUGCUCAGUCAAAGCCUGAAGAGUCAGUGUCUGGGAAGAUGUUUGGCUUUGGCUCCUCCAUCUUCAGCUCUGCAUCCACUUUGAUCACCUCAGCUGUUCAGGAUGAGCCCCACACCACUCUGCCAGCUUCCCCCAUGGUGUCUGCACCGGCCUCUCCCAAGAUGCCCCCUGCAAAGGAGACCAAACCACCUGCUGUUCAGAAUGCAGAGGAGAAGAAAGCAGAGCAACUCCAGCAGGCCAAGGUCCCCACAUUAUUACAGGCCAAAGUGGACCAACCCCCAUUAGAACCUCCAAAGGGAGCAGCAUCUUCCCAACCAGCUCUCAAAGCAGGCCAGUCCACCUGUCCACUCUGCAAGGUGGAACUCAACAAGGGCUCCAAGGACCCUCCCAACUACAACAACUGCACCGAAUGCAAGAACACUGUCUGCAACCUCUGUGGAUUUAACCCCAUGCCACAUGAAACAGAGGAAUGGCUGUGUCUGAACUGCCAGACACAGAGAGCUCUGUCGGGUCAGCUGGGAAACAAGGGGAUGAUGGCCCAGCCACAACUCACAAUGACUGGUGCCCAGCCCACACCACAGCCUGUAGCCAUUUCCACCAGGACAGAGCCCCUGUUUCCAGCAGCAACCACAACCGAGGACCCGGCUGUUCCUCUCAUGUCAGAGCCCAUUCCACCUACACUAACACCUGCUCUUGCACAAAAGGAGCUGGAGCCAACGGUGAAAGUCUCUGAGGCUGAAGCUCCCAAUGUGGUCGCAAAGGCUGAGGCUCCAAAGACAGAAGUUCUCAAGGUGAAGAUCGCCAAGACAGAGGCACCAACAAUGGAGUCUUCUGUGGCAGAAGUUCCUACAAAAGAGCUGCCCAAACCAGUGCCACCUAAAUCUGAACCACCCAAGACUCCAGUGGUAGCUGCUCCUGUUGUCUCUGUCCCAAUGACUGAGGCCAUGACUGCUCCUGCUCCUCUACCCACCACAGUCGCUACUGCCAUUGCUGUCACUUCAGCCACUGCAAAGGCUAAGGCUCAACCAGCAGAGCUACCUAAACCAGCAGAGGAGAAGGUUGAGAAGCCAGCAGAGAAGGUUGAGAAGCCACUGAAACCAGUACCUGUCACAGUGCCUGAGAGGGUAACUCCACAACCAGUCCCAACAGCUGAUACUAUCAAGAAAGAGGCCGCUCCAUUGGUUGAAAAGGUGGAUGAUGUCCUUCCUGAACCUCAGCAGAUUCUCACUGAGAAGGAGACUGUGGAGGAGGAGAAAGAGUCAACUGCAGACUCCCUCCUAGCAGACCAGGUAGUAGUUGAGGUACCGUCCAGCCCAGCCAGUCCAUUUGAGGCUGACACCAAGACUGAGGACCAUAGUAUCAAGUCCCAGGAUGGACCAUAUAUACUUCCUAUCUCACAGGGCUCCUACAGCUCAGAGGAAGAGCUGAAAGAGUUGCAGACAGACAGAAAUGUCCCUAUGAUUGACACGACCGCUGACACAGCCAUGCCUUCCAAGGAAGAGGUGAAUGUGGAGAAGAGGCGUCUGAAUUAUGUACAGAUGGAGGAGAGCAGUGGGAGUGAACCCUCUCCCUCGCCCCAGGUCCAGAGACGGAGGUUAAGUGCGAUAGCAGUCAGCACGGCAGCCUCAUCCAGUAGCGAGGACUACAAAGCAGACAGCCCAGACUCAUCUGUGGAUGAGGAGGAGUUCAUCCGCAGGCAGAUCAUGGGGAUGACAGGAGAGGAGGAGAUGUUUCUCUCAGAGGAGGAAAAAGAUGAGAAAGAGAGCAGAGAGGAGGAGACCAAGGAGGCUGAGGUGGAUAACGAAUCAGGCAAAUCCAAACUUCUGCUAAAGAAAGGCAUUAUGGAUAAUGAAGACAGCCCAGCCAGGAGACCAUCUCUUCCAGGAUCUGAGGCUAAAACCACUGCAGAUAGGUCUGAGCUCACCACCACUGUGUUUAAGAAAGACAUGACGUUACAGAGAACAAAGAGCACAGAUUAUGGAGAUGCUGAGGUGGAGAGCAUCACAGAGUCUCUGGAGGACAAAUCCAAAGGUGAGGGGUCAUCCAGUGUCCAGGUGUCCAGCUUCACCCCUGGAACCUCCCCCACCUCAGCCUCUUCUCUGGAGGAGGACAGCGACAGCAGCCCCAGCCACAAGAGGAGUGGGGAGGGGAAACAGCACCGCAAGGCCAAGCACAGGCAGGCAGGCCAGUCCCUUCCCACCAUCGAGGACUCGUCAGAAGAGGAGGAACUCAGGGAGGAAGAAGAUCACCUCAGGGAGCAGGAGAAACAGGAGUCAGACCAGCAGCAGGGGAAGAGGAGCUCCAAGAAGUCCAAGAGGGAUAAAGACGAACUACAGACUCAGAGGAAAUGGGAUAAGCCUGUAACCUCGCCCAGUAACCUGUCUCCUAUUGAAAACGCCUCGCCCACUGUGGAGAUGAGGCAGGCUAGAGAGAUGGAAGUGUUUCACAAGUCCUCAGGCUCUGACUAUUCUCCUAGCAUGGAGUCUGAUUCAGAGGCGUUUCACACAGAGGCCAAGAUAGCUGUCCCAAAAGGACAGAAGUUCAGUACUGCAGAGCCACUAAAGAAUGCAGAGGAUGUAUAUGAGGAGAUGCUUCAGAAAGCUAGAUCUCCUAAAGGAGAGACAGAGCCCAUCCCUGAGAUAGAGCCACUCUAUGGAGGCAUGGCCAUAGAGGACUACCUCUAUGAGUCCCUAGUGGAGGAGCCUGAAGCUAAACCUAGUUCAGCCCUACCAGAGCAGCUCAGUAAAGACCAUGCUACAGAGCCAGGGAAGAAAAGUUUAAGAUCUCCUGAAGAGUUGUAUGAGGAGAUGAUGCUGAAGAAGAAGGAACUGAUGUUGAUAGAGCAGGAGUUUCAGAGGGCUCAGACAGCGAUGGACACUCCAACUCCUGAAAUACAUGUGACUGCACCAUCCAGUGCUGCAGCUGAGAGCUGCAAAGUUGGUGAGGCAGAGGGAGAAAAGCCUAUGUUAGAUGCGGAUUCUACCUACGUUAAGAGGAAGAAACGUCCUGCUCCACCACGACCCUCUGAACCUCCUAAACGGCCCGAGGUAUACGUUGCCAAGCCAACAGUUCCUCAGGAUAUGACUAUGAGGAGGGCUCUUUUCCCCAUACCGGAUUUGAAGAUCACCCAGUGUUCCUCUGGAGAGGAUGAGACGGAUGAUAGUAUAAUAGAGGAGUAUGGAGUGGGAGUGUCCUCUGAUAUUACCCCUAGCGAUGAGUCUGAGACUAAAGAACAGGUAGAGUCCCCUCCAGUUUCAGAACAUACACCAAUAACAGAGGCAGCUGAGAUUGAACCCAUAAUUUUAGUGUGUGAGGUUCCCCAGGCAAAAGCUACUCCAGCUCCUGCCCCUGAGACAGUUCUAGCCACCAGUACAACCACCACAACAUCACCAAUCUCUCCAGUAUCACCUCCCACCUCACCAGCAACUCCAGACUCAAGUCUAGCCUCCAAUGCUACUUCCUCCUCCUCUUUCCAAGCUCCAAGUCCUCUCUCCUCUGACUCUACUCCAGUGUCCACUCCAACACCAGACCUGGCCAAAGCUGCAGCUCCCUUCGCAGCUCAGCUGCCUGCUCCUAUCUCCCCUCCUUCUAUUGCUCCUAUUAUGGCUGUUUCUCCAACCACAGUUUUGGUCACAAUUCCAGAUUUGGUGACAGAUCCAACCCAAGCACCAGCACCAGAUACAACUACAGUCCAUGCUUCUGCUCCACUAGCUCAACCCCAAGCCUCAGUCCCUGCCUCAGUGGUGGUGCACAUACCUGAUCCGGUUGUAAUCCAAAUGCCAGACCUGGUUACAUCUCCAUCCCAGAUGUCUGUUCAGGGUCCACCUUCUGUACAGGUCACAGCACCAACUCCAGUACCAAGCCCAGUACCUUCUGAAGCCACAUCUCCGGUCCCAGCUGCUCCCAGUGCAAUGUCAACUUCGGCUACAGUCUCUGCUCCAACUCCAGCCCCAGCUCCAGUUGUAGUCCAAAUGCCAGACCUGGUUACCAUCACCUCUUCAGUUUCACCCCAAGCCCCACUACCUGUGACAUCCUCAGCUCCUGCCCAGGCUACAGUGGUGCAUUCAGUCCCUGUCCAGACUGCUGCCCCACCUCCAACCCCAGUAGUAGUCCCAGCCAUAGGGACACGCCGAAUUCAGAGACAAGCCUCCACCAAAAAAGCCCCACCUCCUCCUCCACCUAGGUCUACAUCUGUCUCCCUGCCCCAAACCUCAGCAGAGCCUACCUCUAUCAGGGCCAUCCAUAAUGUCUCUCCGACCGUGACUACCACAAUAGCCAUGGGAGCAGCUCUGCCUGUGGUGGUGAAUGUACAGUCGCUAGUGGAGGAUGUCCGGCCAGAAGGUGUUGCUGGCUUUCAGGUUAUGAUGACCCCAACCAGACAGGGGCAUGUGGUCAUCAUAGUUCCCAAUGUGGAGAACAUGUCAGUCCUCAGCCAGACAACCCAAGACCUUGUGGCAAACUCAGUUGCAAUAACUACCACCUCUGCUGUGGUUGAUGGCAGUAGUCAGAUAGCAGCAAGGCCUGUGGUUGUCAGUGUUGAUCCUUUCUAUACUGCUCCCUCUGUUCCUGCUGUACACAGCUCAGACACAUAUAUACCUUUGGCAGAUACCCCAACACCUCCUUUGCCUCCUCCACCACCCCCUGCCACCUUACUAAAGCCAGCUGUUUAUCCCAAAAAGCCUUACAUUUCCAUCCCACCUUCAGUCCCAACAUCAGUGCCAGUCUCAGCUGCUUUGACAAUGGCACAGGCAACUGUAACAACCCCAGACCCCAGUCCAGUACACAAGGCCCCUGCACCCCCUGCACCCCCUCCAGUCCCCCCCAAGCCUGUGUCCAUCCCUGCAGGGCUGGUGUUCAGCCACCGACCAGGGGAGAGUGUCAAACCUCCAGUGUAUCCCACUGCCAGCCACACACUUCCCACGACCAGAGAAGUGGUUCCAGAAGCCAGCUCAGCAGAGCCAUUCACAGCCACAACACUGCCCAGGACCAGAGAACCUCCCAAUGCCCUGUCUCUGAGUCUGACCACCCCAGUGGAAUCCAAGAUGAGUGCUACCUCACCCAGGUCCCCUCUUUCUCCAAGGAACGCCAAGUGUCUGGAGACGUAUGUUGUGAUAACUCUGCCCUCAGAGCCUGGCACACCCACAGAGGGAAUCACUGUCCAAGCCCCAAUCAGAAGAGGGUCCAUCCUCCCCUCUAAGCAGACAGGCCCGGGGGUUAGGACCACACCGUCAGAACAGCUGUCACCCAUUGAGGCCUUCUCAGCCCAGUACAAUGUCAGGAGAGCAUCAGUUCCCUCAUUGAGGCAGCCACCACCACCAGCAGCAAUAGGACCAGUCGAAGUAGCAGCACCCCUAGAGGGAGUCUCUGUUCUAGCAACAGCAAGACAGCCUUCCAUACCAUCAGAUAUGCAGCCUCCAUACGGUAUGGCUGAGGUGGUGACAGUUUCAGCUGGGUCUGAGAUGCCUAUUCAGGUACACAAUGUCCCAGCUCCAAUCAAGAAACCGUAUAAACCUCCAACAGCCAAGCCACCGCAGACAGUGUCUGUGGUUAUGACGAUGCCAUCAGAGCCACGGGUUCCUGUAGAAGUGUCUGCAACUCAAGCCUCUGGUAGAAGGGCAUCAAUACCUGCUGUACCUCAGCAGCCACAAUAUGUGGCUGAAGUAAUGGCUUUACCAGCAGAGCUGGACAUACCUUCAGAGGUCAUUUCAAUUGAGGCCAUGUCUGGAAGAGCAACAACACCAUCAGAAAUGCUGCAACCACAAACCAUGGCAGAGGUAAUGCCAUUACAUCAGGAAAUACCAACGGGAGCUAUGGCCACCCAAACCCGUGUAGAAGCUACACCCUCAACCAUGCAUCAGUCACCAUCUCUGAUAGAGGUGGUUUCAACUGAGGCUGUCUUUAGAAGAGCAUCAAUACCAUUGGAAAUGCAGCAACCACAAACCAUGGCAGAGGUAAUGCCAUUACAGCAGGACACACCAUCAAUACGAUCAUCUGCACCACAACCACAAGGAGUGUCUGAAGGAGUGACUUUUCCUUCAGAGUAUGAAAUGCCUACGGAGGUUAUAACAACUGAGGCCACUACCACUAGAAGGACAUCCACAUCCUCUGUAGCACAACAACCAUACACAUUUGCUGAAGUAAUGACUUACCCAUCGGAGUAUGAAACACCCACCCAGGUGGUUACAACUGAGGCUAUUUCCACUACAAAAAGAGAGUCUAUAACCAUGCAGCAGCUUCUAACUAUGGCCCAGGUUAUCACAAUGCCUGCAGAAGCAGAGGUACCUCUAGAGGCAUAUGCUGCCCAAGUUCAAUACAGGAGAGAAUCCAUCCCCUCAGCAGUGCAACCACCACAGGCAGUAUCAGAGGUCCUGAGUUACUCAUCAGAGUAUGAGACCCCCCUGGAGGUCAUUACAACUGAAGCCUACACCAGCAGAAUGUCAGUUCCCUCUGGCCAGGAGGUUCCCCAGACUGUCCCCGUGGCUCCAGUCACCAUCACCAGGAAGUUCCACCAGGAGUCGAUAGAGAGCCAGGAAAUCCGUGGGCCUGAGAAGGUGGUGUCCAGCCUGAGCCACGUGUACUCCUCCUCUAUCUCCACCUCAGCCCAGCCCCCAGAGAGACUGCCCAGCUUGGUCACUCAGGUGGUCACCACCGAGGUUCAGAGAACCACUGUGUCUGUGGUUCAUGAGAGGCUGCCCCAGGCUCCUGCGUCAGACGCAUUGACCAUCCUUAUCCAGCCAGACCUGUCUAAAGUCCAGCCCUCUACCAAACAGAACGGGAAGAUCUACUCCGGUGAUGCCAUUGACCUCCGCACCAUUAAGGUCGGUGUAAAGAUGACCGAUUCAGGGAUGGACUUGACGCCUCAGGAAUCGAGUCGCCAGUCUGUCUGUAGCAACUCCAGUGGCCGACAUACGGCAGUGCAGCCAGAGAUAGUGAACCUGAGUGCUGAGAUCACCCCUUCCACCACAUUGGCUGUUGUCACUGAUAGCAUCACUAUUGUCACCUGUUCAGCCACCAUUGCCUCCUACACCAGCGAGCCAGAAGAAAAGCCUUUAGAUCUGCAGGGUUAUGUUGCCUCCAUGCCUCUCCCUCUUACCACAUACAAACCAUUCGAGCCUCUGGCACAGAUAGUGUAUAGGCGUGUAGACUGUCCACCUAUCGUCAGCACGGUGAUAGCCAGAGACACAGAGACACCAAUUAACCUGUCCUAUGGAGCCUCCCCAGUAGAUAGCAGGCUUCCAGUGACCAUGGCCCCAGCUGUCAGCAAUGGGGGAACCGUGCUCUCAGAGCUGGCUGGGGCCGUGGACCUGUCCACCUCCAGACCCCUUAGGGCCAUGGUGGCUCUGUCCGGCACCAGCCCCGGUGUGGUGACCACGGUUGUAGAGGAUGAUGGGACGCCCAUAGAUCUGACAGCUGGGAAAAAUGUGUGCUGUGACGUCAUCUACAAGCUACCCUUCACAGGGAACUGUAGGACCCAGCCACCAGUUAUUACCCAGCCUGACAACCACUUCGGCUACAGAGAUGACCACUACCAGUAUGCUCAUGCUGGGGUCUAUGGAAUCAAGGUCUUGAACGGCAAGGCCUUGUCUGAGACCAAUCUGGCUGAUGCAGGACUCUUCCUCUGUAAUGGAAAGACCGAAUAUGACUAUAAAGUCUUGGACAGUGCGGUAGACCUGACAGCUGGUAAUAUAUCCGCAGGUGAAGCUCUAGACUACACUAGUAAAGCUGCUGGGGCCUACACUGGGAUAUCCACUGCUCCAUAUUCCCAGGUCCCUGCUUAUAGUGUCCUUAGAUCCUCAGACGGAAUGGUAUACUCCUCCAUAGCAGCCCCUGUUCCUUCUACAUAUGCCAUUACCACCCAGCCAGGGUCCAUCUUCAGCACCACCCUACCCCCUACCACCACCCUCCAGGAGCAGCCAGCCCAAGCUCCAUACCCCUAUGGCUUCAUCCCCACCACCGACCCUGGCAACCAGAUCAUCAGCCUGGGAACUGGCCUGCCCAAGGACCUGCUGCCCAGCGCUCUGGCUGACAUCAUGACUGGCUUCCCUGCCCUGUACUCUGACCAGACCCUGGAGGCCAUCGCAGCUUCUCUGGAGGCCCUGGCCUCGUUGCCCAUGUUCCCCGGCCUGGAUGACAGCAAGAUCACUCAGUACCAGAUGGAGAGGGAGUUCCUGCAGCUGGAGAAGCUGAAGCAGCUGUGUCUGGCAGAGGAGCUGGAGUGGGAGAGGCAGGAGAUCCAACGCUACCGCGAGCAGGAGCAGAUAAUGGUGCAGAGGGAGCUGGAGGAGCUGCAGGCUCUGAAACAGAAGUUGUUAGUUCAACAAGAAGAGGAGCACCAGGCACACCUUGUAGCACAGCAGGAGACCUAUAACCAGCAGAGGGAACAGCUAGAGCAGAUCCAACAGCUCCAGGUGCAGAUACAGCACCAGCUAGAGGAGCACUACAGUAGCACAGGAACCUCAGAUAACCUGCUAGAGGCACAGUAUGCAGGGGUGGGGGAUAACGGUCAGUACUGGCCUGUUAGAGAUGAGUCCACCACCUCAUCCACUGUCAUCCAGCUAGAAGGUGGGGUGCAGUAUGUGACCGGUGAGGGUCAGAGAGAGGUUGGAGGUCAGGACCAGCUGCAAUUCAGUAGGAAACAGUCGGCAGGGUCUAAGCAGCCUGGUGACCAGGGGUAUGGUACAGGGGUGGUAGGGAAGAGGAUAGUGGACAGUGGGGUCCAGACAGACGAUGAGGACUCGGUAGACAGAACGUAUGUGGGGAGGAGGAAGAGGAACAACAGGGGGAGGGGUGUAGACAGCAGUGUUCAGACUGAUGAUGAGGAGGACCAAGAGGAUGAGUGGGACAUGCCAACCAGGUCGCGGCGGCGCUCCCGCUCCAGCAAGCACAGCGGCGAGGGAAAACACAGUGGCUCUAAGGUCUCCAGCAUUGCCAUCCAGACUGUGGCAGAGAUCUCUGUCCAGACCGACCACUCUGGCAGCAUCAAAUGCCCCAGCAUCCAGAUGGACACUAAGGUGGAGAUCAUCAAACACAUCUCAGCCCCAGAGAACUCUCAGAGAGGAGGCAGCCUCAGCUGCCAGACAGACACAGACCGCAGGCGCCACUUGCCCGUAGAGGUGGGCUACAGCGCCUACCUGAAGGCAGACCUCGCCCCCAAAUCCCCCAAAGUGCUUUACUCUCCCGUGUCCCCCCUCUCCCCGAGUAAGGCCAUGGAGGAAGGGCAGAAGAGGCUGACCACUGACCCAUCCAGGUUUUCCAAUGGGCCUAGGAUGCUGAAGCCUGGACCGAAGUCUCUGCCUGACCCCAAGUCUCUCAGCCCCACCACCGAGGACAGGAUAGGCUACCACUACACAGAAACCUACUCUGGCCAGGGCUCUCCGUCAGGCACUGGAAAGAAGGUGAAGAGGACCCUACCCAACCCUCCCCCGGAGGAUGACCCUCUGACUGGCCCAUCAGGCUACAGCGCCAACUCAGCGCGCCGACGUCUCGGCCGUCACACCACCAUGGCCCGGGCCAAGAUCUUGCAGGACAUCGACAAGGAGCUGGACCUGGUGGAGAGAGAGUCAUCCAAGCUCCGCAGAAAACAGGCCGAGCUAGACGAGGAGGAGAAAGAGAUUGAUGCCAAGCUGAGGUACCUGGAGAUGGGCAUCAACCGUCGUAAGGAUGCCCUGCUGCAGGAGAGGGAGAAGAGGGAGAGGGCCUACCUGCAGGGUGUGGCUGAGGAGAGAGACUACAUGUCGGACAGUGAGGUCAGCAACAUCAGGGAGACCAGAGGGAACAGCCACGGCCUGGAGAGACCCAGGACAGCUCCACAGUCAGAGUUCGACCAGUUCAUUCCCCCUGAAACUGAGGCUGACUCCCAGUACUCCACUCUUACCAGUCCCUACUCCCACUACACCCAGUAUGUCCCCCAGACCCAGGCCAUCAGUCACUACCCCCAGCAGACCCUGUACCAGCAGCAGGCCCUCUACCAACAGCACCCCUACCAGAGUCAGUCAGUCUACUCCUCUGUGCCAAGCCUGUCCUACCCCCAGGCCUCCCACUCCCACCAGCAGGCCCAGUCCUCAGGCUACCAGUCCAAGAACACCACCAACUACGAGGUGAUCCGGAACCAGCCCAUGAUCAUCGUACCCUCCUCCAGCGAGGGGGGGUAUGGGGUGGGGAAGUACGGCAGCCUGGAACUGAGGAUGGGCCUGGAGGAGAGGAGCAUGGCCUCCAGCCCCAUGUCUAGUAUAUCUGCUGAGUCUUUCUACGCUGACAUCGACCACCACAAUGCCAGGAACUAUGUUCUGAUAGAGGACAUAGAGCAGCUGACUAAAGGCUCUACAACGCUGGGCUCUGCAGGGCUGGGGUCAGGGUUCAGUCUGCCUGAUAAGGACCUGUCUAAGGCUGACAGGCUGCUCCGGGCCGCUGAGGCCAGGCGCACUGCAGAGGUUGCGGAGUUCCUUGGUAACUCGCGUCUGCACAGCUACGGUAAAGGAGAGGAGGACUCUAUGGAGGAGCCUUAUGAGCUGAAGCUCCUGAAGCAACAGAUAAAGCAGGAGUUUAGACGAGGGACAGAGGGUCUGGAGCACCUCUCAGGCCUGGGCAUGCCCCAGUACCUCCCCACUGACCCCAGCUACAGACACUUCCCUAAGGCUGACAAGUACAGCAUCAGCCGGCUGACCUUGGAGAAACAAGCUGCCAAGCAGCUCCCUGCCGCCGUGCUCUACCAGAAACAGAUCAAGAACCAGAAGAAGGCAACCCUGAUGGACCCCAAGAUAACCAAGUUCUCCUCCAUCCAGGAGAGCAGAGACCUGGAGCCAGACUACAGCAGCUUCCUGGGCUCUGGAGCCUCGUCUGUCACCAACCUGUCCACUCGAGCCAGACUGCUCCAGGAUGAGAUCACCUUUGGCCUGAGGAAGAACCUGUCUGAGCAGCAGAAGUACCUGGACUCCUCCCUGGGAUCUAACCUGGCUGGCUCUCUGGGCCAGAACCUGGGCCAGUCCCUUGGCUUGGGGGGACCCACCAUGAGGACUACCCUACAGGAUGACACCACCUACCCCAGCGGCACGCGCUCUCGCCCCUCCUCCCGCCCCAACUCCCGCCCCAACUCCCGUCCCACUUCCGUCUAUGGCCUGGAUCUGUCCAUCAAACGGGACCUUUCCAGCUCCUCUCUCAGGCUGAAGAUUGAGGGAGAAGCAUUGGACGCAGCGUUCGGCAUGGGGAUGGCCAGGACCAAGCCCACCAGCCUGCCUAUAAGCCAGAGCCGCGGGCGCAUCCCCAUCGUGGCUCAGAACUCAGAGGAGGAGAGCCCGCUGAGUCCAGUGGGAGAGCCCAUGGGCAUGGCCAGAGCCUCAGCCGGCCCUCUACCACCCAUCUCAGCUGACUCCAGAGACCAGUUUGGCUCUAGCCACUCCCUGCCGGAGGUCCAGCAGCACAUGAGGGAGGAGUCCAGGGCUACACUGGGACAUAGUGGGGUCUACGACAGAGACAUAGCCUUCAUCAUGGACGACCUGGGAGGAGCCAUGUCUGACAGCGAAGCCCUAACUGACUCCAUGCUGACUCUGAACAGAGAUGAUCCCAGAAUCUUUCAUGAGAGUAUCAGACACGCCGGAGGCCCCAACUGGAACAUAGAAGCGUACCACCUGAGGAGGGAGGACACUGACUGGUUUGAUAAGCCUGCAGAGAGACAACAUCAGGAAAAUGGACAGCCUCUGGACAGGAGACAGAUUAAGCUGAUUCCCUAUGUGUUCCCUCACACCCGGCUCAAACUACAGAGGGACCCCAAGGACACCAGUGUCUCAGGGAAUGGUCUGGGGAUCCGUGUGGUGGGAGGAAAGGAGAUUCCUGGUUGUCAUGGUGAGAUAGGAGCCUACAUCGCUAAGGUUACACCCGGAGGAGUGGCCGAACAGACAGGGAAAGUGGUGGAAGGAAUGCAGGUGUUGGAGUUGAACGGGGUUCCUCUGAUGGGGAAGACUUACGAGGAGGUGCAGUGCAUUAUGGGUCAGCCGUCUGCAGAGACUGAGCUCUGUGUGAGACUUGACCUGAACAUGCUGUCUGAUCCUGAGCAUCCCCAGGCCCUGGAGAACCAUGACCAGCUGAAGCCUGGUGACAGGCAGUGUUCUCCAGGAGUGGACCCUAAGCAGCUGGCUGCAGAGCUGCAGAAGUUUUCCCAACAGCAGGCCCCUGGGAUGGGGGUAGGAAUGGGGGUGGGGGGGCCAGGAGGAGUAGGGGUCCUCUCUGCCCUUGACCGCUCAGCUCUGUUACACUCAGGCAAUGCAUCGGCUAGCUCUAGUGCCGUCCCCAGCCCCGGUCAGCCUGCCUCCCCAGCCAUCAACAAGAAACAACGCCACAGCGCCAAGUCGGCAGCGGAUGUGCAGGUGCUAAAGUCUCAGCCUCACCCUAUAACAGGAGAAAUACAGCUCCAGAUCAACUAUGACAGGAACCUGGGGAACCUGAUAGUGCAUGUGCUCCAGGCCAGGAACCUGGCUCAGAGAGACCCCAACAGAUACUCUGACCCCUUUGUCAAGGUUUACCUCCUACCAGGGAGAGGACAAGUCAUGGUAGUCCAGAACGCAAGUGGUGAGAACAAGAGGAGGACCAAGUACGUUCAGAGGAGUCUGAACCCAGAGUGGAACCAGACCGUCAUCUACAAGAACAUACACCUGGAACAGCUGAAGAAGAAGACUCUGGAGGUGACAGUGUGGGAUUAUGACAAAUCUUCCUCCAAUGACUUCCUGGGAGAAGUGUUGAUAGAUCUGUCUAACACAACUCAGCUGGACAACACUCCUCGCUGGCUGCCUCUGAAGGAGCAGAGUGAGAGCAUUGAGCAUAGCAGAUCACAUCACACCGCCCAGGGGCCUGGGGGGCCAGGAGCAGGUGCAGGGCCGGGACAGGGGCCCAUAGCGGGGCAAGGACCAGGCAAGGACAUGGGGCCAGGAUUAGGACAAGGACAAGGCCUAAUGCAUGGACAGGGACAGGGGCAGGGGCAGGGGCAGAUGGAGGAGUGCCUUGAGUCCCCCAAGAAUUCUGUGAUAAAGAGCAGAAGCCACGGGAUCUUCCCUGACCCAGCAAAAGACAUGCAGAUGGUGACUCUAGAGAAGUCUCACAGUAGUCCCGGCAGCUCUAAGUCAUCGUCAGACGGCCAGCUUCGUUCCCACGGUCCGUCCCGCAGCCAGAGCAAGAGCAGUGUCACACAGGCCCACCUGGAGGAUGCUGGGAUAGCUAUAGCUGCCGCAGAGGCCGCUGUGCAACAAGCCCGCCUCCAACCGAGACCAGGCCACAGGUUGGGGGAUGUGUCUGGGCCAGUGGUGUCCUCAGCCCCCAAUCUGCUGGAGGGGUAUGGGGGUCUGGAUGGAGAAGAGGGGGCUGGCACAGGGGUCGACAGCGCCAUUUUCCAGGUCCCACACAUAGGGAAGACCAUCCCCAACGGCAUUGACAAGUCUAGAGGACUGCCACUCUCGCUAUCAGACAAUGAGGGGGGUGGGGGUAAGACCCAGAUGAUGGGGGAGAUCAAGGUGGCCUUGAAGAAGGAGGUGAAACAAGAGGGAGACCAGCUGGUCCUGGAGGUUCUACAGUGUAGAAACAUCACUUACAAGUUCAAGAGCCCAGACCACCUACCAGAUCUCUAUGUGAAGCUGUACGUUGUUAAUGUGGCGACUCAGAAGAGGAUCAUCAAGAAGAAGACAAGAGUGUGUCGACAUGACAGAGAACCUUCCUUCAACGAGACCUUUAGGUUCAGCCUCAACCCCACCGGACACUCCCUGCAGUUGUUCCUGGUGUCUAACGGGGGUAAGUUUAUGAAGAAGACCCUGAUAGGAGAGGCCUACAUCUGGCUGGACAAGGUGGACAUGAGGAAGAGGGUGGUCAGCUGGCACAAGCUGCUGGUCAAUUCCACACACAACCAGUCCUGAGAGUUCAACUUGAGGUUACAGAGAGGUCAACCAGAUGUCAGUGAAGGUCAAUGAAUAGUAUUGGUCAGUGGUUGCUCGUAGAGGAGGACGAAAAAGAGGAAAAGGGAUAUAGUUGCGUUACAGAGUGCCCUUCAUCUCCUUUGUGUUAUUGUAUGAAUGAAUGAAUGAAGAAAGAAAGAAAGAAAGAAAGGAAGGAAGGAAGGAAGGAAGGAAGGAAGGAAGGAAGGAAGGAAGGAAGGAAGGAAGGAAGGAAGGAAGGAAGGAAGGAAGGAAGGAAGAAGGCCUAUCCCCUCACACUGCCAUACAUGGACUGUACCCUGAUUCUUUAUUGGAUAGUAACAGCCAGAGACUCAAACCUGAUUUCUGAUUGGACCAAAUAUUCAGACUGUACCCCGGAUUGGAUAGAGGCUGCCAGCACACACACACACACACACACACACACACACACACACACACACACACACACACACACACACACACACACACACACACACACACACACACACACACAGAGAGAGAGAGAGAAAUGAAGAAGUCCCCUUAUCUGCUGUAAGAGGACACACACAUCUCACUAUCUCCCAGCUCUCUGCUGGACAUGUCGGAUGCAAAACCUGACGUCAAUCAGGACUGUGCAGCAAUACCACAGAGUAAUUACCAGAACUACUCCUUUCUGUUUUGUCUGGAUCUGAUGCUGUUGUCUAUGGUUUAUCAUAGCCUCCACUUUAAGAUCUUUGUGAUCUGUGAAUCUGUCUGUCAUUCAGUCAGUCGGUGGGGUGCAAAUCAAUGUAUUUGUUUUUUGUCCUGAGCUGCUUGACAAAGUAUGGAAUGUUUGUUGUAUGAUACUAUUCAUGUAAUGUAAAAAACAAAACAAAAAAAAACAAGGUGUAUGUACAUUGAAAAUCUAUGGUUGAUAUUGCAGUAACUGAAGCUGACAUUAUCUGAACACUUCCGUCCAGUAGGUGGCGGUAAUUCCCUAUUACAGUUCGUUGUCAACCGACAUAAAACUCCAACUCGACCUUACCUGGACAAGUGUUAAUGUACAUUCAGAUGUAGAUAGAUAUUAGACUGAAUAUUAAAUAUAUCAAAGACACACUGUACAGAGAAAUCUUAUUUAUGAACAUGGAGUUUAUAACAAUAAAACAAACAGAUGUUGCAGAUGA